CAGGCAUCAACAGGUAAUAACAGCCCGGCUCCAACAUCAUCGCAGCCGUUCAUUGGACAUUCGUGGGAAGCCUCCAUGACAGCUUGCAUAGUCGUCUUCAGUGUGGUCGGCCAUUUCAUGCCUGCUGACAGCCUCUCUACAUACACACAUCCAUACACUUGAAAGCUCAUAAGCAACGAUCAGCCCUGAUAUAUCGUCUUUCAUCCGACAUUCAAGAGACAAUUUUUGGUUUCUUUCGGAUAUGUGGUCUACAUUCGCCUCUGAUUCACUCAUGGUCCACAUGAAUAUCUGGCUUAUACUGCUUACUCUCCUAGCCGUCAUCUUGUAUAUCGUGUUGCACGACCGCAUGUCUCCACCCGAGUAUAAGCCCGUCGCAGAUAACGGUGUCUUCAUCAAGAUUACUCCUUUUCCAUACUCCAACAACAACAACGACACCUCCAAGAAACAGGCGCCACAUCUAGACAUAACCAUGAUCCUAGACAGCGCAGCCCUCACCACAUUCCCCUAUGCUCUCGCCAUCCCCGUCGAGGAAAACGGCAUCAAACUACCUACAUUCGACAAGAACCCCAUCUUCGCAUACGACGACAAAGGAAACCUGCCUCUCCACACACACAUCAACACACACGCCUCCCCACCCAGACGAGAAUGGUUCUUCCUCCAACGACACCCCCACGGCAACAUCCGAUUCCAGCUCCGCGUCGCCGCCCACGACACCAACCACACCGACCCCCGAACCUUCCCACACCUCCGCUACGACGCCAAAGGAGCAUUCACCGGCGCGCUCAACACCUUCAUCCCCCAGCCCCCGUCCCACCAACCCUUCACCUGGACCCUCACAUUCGACCUGCGCAACAUGCCACCCAACGCCCUCGCAGCAUGGACAUGGGGCGAGUACCACCCUGCUCUCAGUCCCGUCCUCACCACACGCGGCACACCCGCCGCCGCACUCAACACCGUCCUCGCCAUCGGCGCCCUGCACAAAUACCCACCUGGCGUAAACGCCGCAGAGAGCUUCGGCGCCUACAGCACGCAGCACACGCCUCCCGCCAAUAUCACGCAGUGGACCGCCGAGCUAGCCGCGAAAACAGCCUCCUUCUUCCACGAGCCGCACCGCGCAUACAGGCUCUUCUUCGUGCGCAACCCGUACCGCGGCGGCGCAGGCAUGUGCGCGUUUGCGCAAUCGCUUGUGCUCGCGUACACGGACGGAAUGUCCGGUCCGGAUCCCGGCGUUACGCGGGACUUGGUCGCGCGGAGGCUCGUCCAGAGCUGGCUGCGGCUGGUAGAAACGGCGGCGGAUGUGCGGGGCUCGGCGCGCUGGUUUAAUGGGGGUGUGGGCUUGUACUAUGGUGCUUUGCUGCCGUGUGGGUUUGGGAUGAUGUCGUGGUCGGGCGUGCUUGUGCUGCUGAAUCGCUUUGCGGCGGCGUAUUAUACGUCUGAAGCGAUAGCCUGGACUAACGAUGAACUUACUGCGGCACCUGCGUCCCGUGAGACGAUCCAUAUGCAGGCCGAGUUUCGCGGAUUCAUGUAUUUCGUCGGUCUGGCAUAUGAGUUGCGCAACACGCCCAACGCGCCCGAUCUUGAUAGUUUAAUGGUGCAGAUUGUUGCGAAUGAGCGCGCGGGACUGCAUGAUCAUGUGCAGACAUGGAAGAAUACGGUGGCGCUGUAUCUGGGACAGAAAGGCUGGGAUGGCUUCGAGGCGAUGAUGGAUGGGGCGUUCAUGAUGCCUCACCCGGAUAGCUUCGCGUAUCUGGGCAUGAGGUGUGUUAGGCAAGAUCUGUAUGGCUUUGAGCUCGGGUUUGCGGAAGAGUGCCUUGAUGGGUCUGAAGAGGAGCGCGUGGUGUACGGUCUUGUCGUGGGGUCGAGGGCGGAGAAGGCGGGCGUGAGGAAUGGCGAUGUGGUGGUGGAGCAUAAGUCGUCGACGUUUCGGCCGUUGGUGGAGGACUAUGAGGCGAGGAUGGUUUUGAGGGUCAGGCAGGGUGAGAAGGAAGUGGAGAUAGAGUACUGGCCGAGGAGUUGGGAGGAGGUGGAGGCGUAUCAAUGGAUUCUUGCGGACGCUGAGAAGGAGAUGAGGAAGGGGCCGGGUCAAAUCGUUGUUGGAGAUGCUUGAGCUAUGUGUAGCCAGUCAUGCUUUCGGCUCUUAUUCUCUUGAACUCUGUUGAUUCAUAUUUCUGCCAUCAU